CAACUCCACUGCUAUUACUAGUGCUGCACAUCUCCUCGAACUCGUCGUCUCCUGGCUCGCAUGCUCGGCGACCAAUAGAUCCGAUCUAUGGAUCCCCGCCUCCCCGCCCUCCUCCUUCUCCUCCUCUCCCUCGCCACCUUCUCCGCCGCCUCCGACGAGAUCCACGGAUGCGGCGGCUUCGUCGAAGCGAGCUCGGGCUUGGCCAAGUCCAGGAAGGCGUCGGACUCCAAGCUGGACUACUCCGACAUCACGGUUGAGCUGUGUACUGUCGAUGGUUUGGUCAAGGAAAGCACUCAGUGUGCUCCUAAUGGCUACUAUUUCAUUCCAGUAUAUGACAAGGGUUCAUUUGUGGUCAGAGUUAAGGGGCCUAAGGGAUGGUCAUGGAAGCCUGAAACGGUUCCUGUUGUCAUUGACCAAAAUGGAUGCAAUGGAAAUGCAGACAUAAACUUUCAGUUCACUGGGUUUACAAUAUCUGGUAGAAUAGUGGGAGCUGUUGGCGCUAGGAGCUGUUCAAAAGAUGGAGGUCCUUCUGGUGUGAAAGUUGAUCUGUUGUCAGAUUCAGAUGAAUUAGUUGCAUCCGCUUUAACAUCAUCAACAGGAGGAUAUUCGUUUGUGAACAUAAUUCCUGGAAGCUACAAAUUGCGUGCUUCUCAUCCUGAUUAUGAAAUUGAGAUGAGAGGUUCAUCUGAGGCCGACUUGCGAUUUGGAAAUGCUGUUGUUGAUGAUGUUUUCUUUGUAUCUGGAUACAAUAUUCAUGGCUCUGUAGUAGCACAGGGAAAUCCAAUCUUGGGAGUUCACCUGUAUUUAUAUUCAAAUGACGUAAAGGAUGUUCCUUGCUCACAAGGUUUGAUUGGUGCACCCAGGGAAGGUGCUCUUUGCCAUGCAGUAUCUGGUGCGGACGGGAAGUUCUCAUUUAGAUCAAUACCCUGUGGUAACUAUGAGCUGUUGCCAUACUACAAAGGGGAAAACACUGUUUUUGAAGUCUCACCUUCUUCACUGCCUGUUUCUGUUGAACAUAGUCACAUGACGAUCCCUGAAAAGUUCCAGGUUACUGGGUUUUCUGUUGGUGGGCGUGUUGUUGAUGGCUAUGGUGCUGGCAUCGAAGGUGCCAAUGUCAUAAUUGAUGGUCAGUUGAGAGCUGUUACAGAUAAUCUUGGGUAUUACAGACUUGAUCAGGUUACAUCCAAGAAGUAUACCAUAGUUGCCGAGAAGGAUCAUUAUAAAUUCAACAGUUUGGAGAACUUCAUGAUUCUACCAAACAUGGCAAGCAUUGAUGAUAUCAAAUCGGUUCGAUAUGAUGUAUGUGGUGUUGUCCGAACUGUAACUCCAAAUUCCAAAGCAAUGGUAACUUUAACACACGGACCUGAAAAUGUAAAGCCUCAGAGGAAAAUGGUGAGCGAGAAUGGAAGGUUUUGCUUUGAGGUUCCUACUGGUGAAUACCGGUUAUCUGCAUUACCUGUAGAUUCUGAAGGUUUUUCCAGCCUUAUGUUUUCACCAGGACAUAUUGAUGUCAACGUGAAGAGCCCGUUGCUUGAUGUAGAGUUCUCUCAGUCACAAGUCAAUGUUUAUGGUACGGUCCUCUGCAAAGAGAAGUGCAGCGAAAAUAUUCUGCUCUCGCUUGUUAGAAUAGCUGGGGGUAUCGAACAUGAAAAGAAGACAACCAGUUUGGAGCAAGGUGAUGCUAAUUUUGUGUUCACAAAAGUAUUUCCUGGAAAAUAUCGUCUAGAGGUGAAGCAUUUUUCAUCCGAGGCACCUGCAAACGAUAAUUGGUGCUGGGACCAGAAUACCUUGGAUGUAGAUGUUGGCAAUGAUGAUGUGCUAGACAUUGUAUUUGUACAAAAGGGCUACUGGAUAGAGCUAGUCUCAACCCAUGACACUGAAGCAUACAUUCAUCAGCCAGACUCUUCUAAACUUGACUUAUUCAUAAAGAAAGGGCCACAAAGAAUUUGCAUAGAAACUCCUGGGCAACAUGAGCUUCAUUUAGUUAAUCCUUGCAUUUCCUUUGGGAGCUCAUCCAUUGUGUUUGAUACACGGAAUCCAAUGCCGGUUCAUAUCAGUGCAAGGAAGUAUCUAGUAAGAGGUGAAAUCCAUGUGGACAUAAGCUCUCCUCUGGAAGAAAUUGAUCUAUCAGAAGAUAUUGUUGUUGAUGCCUUUAAGAGUGAUGAUGAGAGUUCCAUUGAGAAAAUCUCUACUAUACCUGUACUUGGAAAGAGCCAUCAAAAUGGCAUUACUGCCUUUGAGUACUCUACUUGGACUGAUCUUGGGGAAAACUUCAUCUUUGUCCCUCGUGAUUCUAGCACUGGAAGGAAAAAGAUCCUAUUUUAUCCAUCACGGCAGCAGUUUUCAGUGUCAACGAAUGGAUGCCAAGAUACUGUUCCUUCUAUCACUGCUAAAACGGGUCUAUACCUUGAAGGAUCAGUUUCACCUGCAACUUCUGAUGUUGACAUCAAGAUUCUAGCAGCAGGAAAUAGCAAGUUUGCAGCGCUAAAGAAUGGUGAUAUAGCAGCAGAGACAAAGACAAAUUCCAAAGGAUCAUUCUUUGCAGGUCCUUUAUAUGAUGAUAUAGGAUAUGAAGUUGAAGCUUCAAAGGUUGGUUAUCAUCUCAAGAAAACUGGCCCAUACAGCUUUUCUUGCCAGAAACUUGGUCAAAUAUUAGCACGUGUUUAUGGUGAAAAAGAUACAGAGAUGUUACCAUCAGUAUUGUUAUCCUUGAGUGGCGAAGGAGGUUACAGAAAUAACUCAGUUAGUGGUUCUGGUGGAACUUUCAGCUUUGCCAACUUAUUCCCUGGAAGUUUCUAUCUACGUCCUCUUCUUAAGGAAUAUAAAUUUACUCCAUCAACUGUUGCUAUUGAUCUCAAUUCUGGGGAGUCUAGAGAGGUUGAGUUCCGUGCAACCCGUGUUGCCUACAGUGCCAUGGGUUCUGUAACACUGUUAACUGGCCAACCAAAGGAAGGCGUUUUUAUUGAAGCUAGAUCUGAAUCAAGAGGUUAUUAUGAGGAAGCUACCACAGAUUACUUUGGAAGGUUCCGUCUUAGAGGACUCGUGCCUGGCUCAACUUACUCAGUAAGAGUGGCUGCAAAAGAUAGUAUUAGGUUGGCAGCAGUUGAACGUGCUUCACCAGAAUUUGUAUCGAUUGAUGUUGGUCAGGAGGACAUCUCUGGUAUUAGUUUUGUGGUUUUUGAACAACCAGAAACAACAAUUUUGAGUGGUCACGUGGAAGGAGAUGGCAUUGAUGUGUUGCAACCACAUCUAUCUGUUGAAAUUAGAUCAGCUGUUGACCCCUCUAGAAUAGUAUCUGUAGUUCCUGUCCCUCUUUCAUACUACUUUGAAGUACGAAAUUUGCCCAAAGGCAAGCAUCUUGUUCAGCUUCGGUCUGGCCUUCCAUCACAUACACAUAUAUUUGAAUCGGAGUUGGUUGAAGUUGACCUGGAAAAGCAACCUCAGAUUCAUGUUGGUCCUGUUAAAUAUAAAACUGAAGAACGCCAUCACAAGCAGGAACUGACCCCAGCCCCAGUGUUUCCUCUUAUCGUUGGAGUUUCUGUUGUUGCACUCGUGAUCAGUAUGCCAAGGUUGAAGGACUUGUACCAAAGCGCUGUAGGAAUGACUUCCCUAAGUUCAGGAAGCGCGGGGAGCAGAAAGGAACCACGGAAGACAGGUUUGAGAAAGAGAGCCUGAAACACAUGCUUCAGAUUAGGUGUUGCAAAGUUGAAGCCACAGAUUGAACACGUCAGGAUUAGAAAGUAGCUGUUUCUUUUCUUCUCAGAGGGAAAUUUUGCAGAUGAGAAAAAGGAACCUAACAGUUGGUAUUCUGUACUUCCGAUACUGCCUACAAAUUUGGUCCCAUUUUUGGGAAUGUUGUAUGAUGGUGGUACUAUAUGUACAGCUUGCAAGAGCCAGACAAAGCUUUUGAGAGCCUGGACUUCAACUUCCGUUCGCAAGAGGGUUACCUGUAGUA